AUGGAGGUCUGUGUUGGGACUAUUUUGUUCAUCACUUUUUUCUCUGUUUUCUUUUACCUUCGAAAAUCACGAAGCCAUGAAGGUUUUAGACUCUACCCUGUUGUCGGAGUUCUGCCGCUGUUCUUAUUGAACCGGCACCGUUUUCUGGACUGGACGACGGAGGUCCUCCGCAACAGUCGGAACAACACGGCGGUAUUCCGCCGGCCAGGGGGUAUCACCGGCGUCAUGACGGGAAACCCAGAUGUGGUGGAGCAUAUACUGAAGACCCAGUUUGAGAACUACUCGAAAGGGGAACGAUUGGUUUCGCUUAUGGAGGAUUUUUUGGGGUCUGGAAUUUUCAACUCCGACGGCGAAAUUUGGAGGAUUCAACGGAAAAUGGCGAGUUAUGAAUUCAGCACCAAAUCGCUGAGAAAUUUCGUCACGGAAAAUGUUGUAAUUGAGAUUCAAACGAAGCUGAUUCCUCUGUUGGAAAAGGCUUCUGAAACAGAGCAGAUUUUGGAUUUUCAAGACGUUUUUGAACGAUUUGCGUUUGAUAAUGUCUGUAAAUUAUCGUUCAAUUUCGACCCUGGUUGUCUCGGCGGCGAUGCAACUUCCGCCACCGAGUUCAUGCUCGCUUUUGAGACCGCCGCCACUCUAAUUUCCGGCAG